AUGGCCACUACAGCAGCGGCAACAAGCGCAGCAGGUGCUUCUGCCGCCACCAGAAGGGCACACUUGGCCUCUCGCGACGCCACUGCCAAGCGCAAGUUGUCGCUCUCGGACGACGACGACGACGACGACGAUAUCGACUCGGGUUCGGAUUCCGACUCACCCUCCAGCCCGUCCAAGCGAUCCAACAUCACCUCUAUCGGUAAAGUCUCGGCCAGCCAGCAGCUCGUCCCUGUGCCCGGUCAGCCUGAUGCGCCUCUCGUCACAAAGCGUACACUCCAGAACAGAAAGGCGCAGCGAGAGUUCCGCAAGCGUCGCGAGGCUCGCGUAAGAGAGCUCGAGGAGCGAUGUCGCCGUUUCGACCAGAUGGGCCUCGAAGCCAACUCGGAGCUCCAGCGUCUCGCUCGCAGACUCAAGGACGAAAACGAAGCGCUCCAGUCGCUCAUUGCUCGUCUCGGCUUCGCCCACAUGAUUCCCGGCAUCAUCGAGUCCGUCAACAGUGCAGAGCAGCAACAUCAACAGCAUCCACACCAGCAGCCGCACCACCACGCUCCACACCCACGUCACCCACACAGCGCUCCUCACCACCAACAGUCAUUUGCACCCCUCGACCUUGGUAUGGACGUCUGGGCACGCGGUGCGCCUGGUUUGCCACUCAUGAACUCGUCGGCUCCAAUGCCUCCUCUCAAUGCCGCUGCUGCUGCUGCCGGUUCCGAACACAACGCAGUCCAUACCGUCGCCACAAACAAGCAGCAAUCUAGCCGCCACCGUACCGGUACCUCGUCUGCUUCUACUGCCACAUCAGCGCCCAUCUCGUCACUUUCCCAGAUGCCCGGCCUCACCGAGCUGCUUCCCGUCACCGCCGGUGGCGUCAACCCAAGCUUGCUUGACGAUGCCAAUGUGAAGAGUCGCAACAAGCGCUCGAACGAAUCUUCGACGGCUGCUGUUGCUGUGCCCGCUGAGCCAAAGGCCACCACCACCGCCCGGCCCAUCGAAGACAACAACAGCACCUUUGACAACGACUGGUUCGCACAGCUCGCACAGUCUGGCCACGACAAGGACGACACCGACGUCGACUCCACCGCCGUGCCUGCCAACAACGCCUCGUCGCGUCACGAUCGCUCCUCGGCCAACCCCAUCCUCUCGCUCAACCUCAACAACGCCUCGGACAACAACAAAAACUCCAAGUCGUCCUUGUCGUCCGCCGACAACCUCAAUAGCAACAACGACGACAACAACAACAACUUGUCGUCGCUUACUGGUUCAGCCAUGCUCGGUGCCAAUGCACGCGACUUUGGUCUCGGUCUCGCCAGCGCUCUUGGCUUGCCACCGUCCUCGGCGCCGGGCGCCAACAUCUACCCCAUGCCCAUGCCCACGCAGCAGAAUGGCGCGUUGCUUAACCCCAACCCUAUUCCUUUCGCUUUCAACCUGAGCGACAACAAGAUGCCUGGCGAUCAGAGCUGGUGGUCCCAGGUUGCUGGCCACGCUCUCGAGGGUGAUGACAGCAUCCUCGAUGAAAAGGCGCAGGCUGUUGCUCAGGCCACCGGUGCGGCUUCCAACAACGGUGCGCCAUCUCCCUUCGACCUUUCGGCUUUUCUCAACGGCGGCCUGACCCCUGGGGGCGGCGGUUUCACGUUUGGCAGCCAGCAGAUGAGCGACGACGCCACCGACGACUCGAAGAACAACUCGAGCGUCGACUGCGAUUCUUCCAAGCCCAGCAACAACGGCAAGGGCGGCGAGGUGCAACAGAACUUGACGCAGGCCGAGCACGCGCAGAUGUUCCUCCGUCUACUUGAAGCCAAGAUGACCAAGCGAAGCGCUAGCCCUUAUGCGCAGCUCGGGUUCCAGCCUCCUAUGCAUCACCAGCAGUAUGCUGCUUCGCAAGUGGGUCCCAGUUUCUCUGAUGCCAGCUCGUCAUCGUCGUCGGCAUCGUCAUCUGGCAUCAAAGCCGGUGGCGUCAACAAAGAGGACGACGACUCGUCGCUCUCGCCCAUCACCGUGUACACACGUCUGGCACAGCACCCGGCCUUCCUCUCCACCAACGCAAGCGAGCUCGAGGAGCUGGUUGAUUCCAUCGGAUCGUCGCAGCAGCGUCAGCAGCAGCCACUCUUCCAGCCGCCGUUUAACAGGCGCAAGGCUGCCGCUGCAGCGUUGACCAAGCCGGCACCGGCCUUGUACCUUCCUACCGCUUCGGGGUUGACUCCGAGCAUCUACGGCCCCAAUGGCGCUGCUUCGCUCGCUGCGAGCCGCUCGUCGCCGUCGUUGUACGCCGGCAAGGAGUUGGAGGUGGACGAGAACGCCGUGGCCAAGAUGCUGGGCUUGCUCGAUCGAAAGACUUCGCGAGACGCUGCUGCGGCCGGGGGAUUGGCUUUCUGA